AUGUCUAUUCCAUCUGAGACCACUGUUCUAGUAAUCGGGGGUGGCCCAGGCGGUUCCUACGCAGCCUCUGCGCUUGCUCGUGAGGGCAUUGACACUGUCGUUCUAGAGGCCGAUAUCUUUCCUCGGUACCAUGUUGGGGAAAGUAUGAUACCUUCUAUGCGUCCUUUCUUACGUUUCAUCGAUUUAGAUGACACGUUUCUCAAGUAUGGAUUUGUAAAGAAGACUGGAGCCGCCUUCAAACUAAAUCGCCAGAAAGAUGCCUACACCGACUUUAUUCUAGAACCCGGGGCUGAUAGUCACGCCUGGAAUGUGAUUCGCUCCGAGUCUGACGAGCUGAUUUUUAGACAUGCAGGCAAAUGCGGCUCAAAGAUAUUUGAUGGGGUGAAGGUUACGGGAAUUGAUUUCAUAGCCACUGAAAACCCCUCCCCUCAGAGUGAUGGAUCUGCUAUUGAUCCAGGACGACCAGUUUCUGCAUCUUGGACAGCCAAAGAUGGACGCUGUGGCAGCAUCAAAUUCGACUAUCUUAUCGAUGCCAGUGGCCGUGCCGGUAUGGUCAGCACAAAGUACAUGAAAAAUCGCAGCUACAAUAAAGACUUGAAGAAUGUCGCUAGCUGGGGUUACUGGCGCGGGGCCAUAUCCUACGGGAUUGGCACCCCAAAAGAGGGUCAACCCCUUUUCGAAGCUCUCAACGACACAGAUGGUAGUGGCUGGGUUUGGUUUAUUCCUUUGCAUGACAAAACCGUCUCUGUCGGGGUGGUAAUGAACCAGGAAGCAUCAAGUCGAAAGAAAAGAGAGUCUAGCAGUAGUAAUUCCCGUGAAUUCUAUCUUGAAUCAAUUAACGACGCUAGUGGUGUAACCCACCUACUAAAGAAUGCCACUCUUGAAUCGGAUAUCAAGCAUGCUUCCGACUGGUCCUACAGCGCUUCAGAAUACGGUAACCGCUAUUUGCGCAUUGUUGGGGAUGCAGGAGCUUUUAUAGACCCUUACUUCUCCUCUGGUGUACAUUUAGCCCUCGCAGGUGCUCUUUCUGCUGCUGUGUCAAUAUGUGCCUCUAUACGCAAGGACUGCGAUGAGGAGACCGCGUGGAAAUGGCAUUCGAAUGCAGUCCGCGAAAGAUUUACAAGAUUCUUGCUUAUUGUUAUGACUGUUACUAAGCAAAUCCGAGCCCAAGAAGUCCCAAUAUUAAACAGUGAAAACGAGGAUGGGUUCGACGGGGCUUUCCAUAUUAUCCGACCAGUGAUUCAGGGUCUUUCUGACGUGAAUGGAAAGGCCACCCACAACGAUGUCUCGCACGCUGUUGAAUUCUCUGCAGAAGCUCUUGCCAAAUCAAAAGCAGAUGUGGAAUUAGAUUCAAAGCUGUACACGGAUAGCAUUGAGAAAGAGGCCCUUACUCACGAGGAACAAAGAAUGCUGCGUAUGGUAAAGCAUGUGUUUCGAGACUUCUUCGCAGCGAAUAUUUACGAUGGGUUAAGAGCUAAUUUAGUACGUGGAAACCUGGGUCUUGAAAAGAUUGGCACGAAGAGCGUCUCUCCAGAUGAGAGGUUCGUCGAUACCGCGGUCGAAGCCGCUCAAGUAGCUGCUUAGGAAACCAAGUCGUACUUUAGGAGUUUAGCAGCGAUGCUCGGGCUUGCUUUUAUUGUACUACCAUGACUCGAUUCUGCCCUUAGGCAUUCAAUUGACUAUAAACUCACUUGUCCAGUCUAUGUUAAAACAUAUUGAUGCUGAUGAAUCGCACCUGUUUAACGUUUGAAAUACCUAGUCCUACAAUAGAUCAAAUGUUAUGUGGUAUUCUUAGAUUAUAA